AUGGUCAAACCACACGGACAGUAUGGUGAAGAAGGAACGACAGUGACUCUUCAACCUCAGGAGGCUGAAGAAAUGUGGCCUGUCCCCGAGGGCCGUCACAGUGUUCUACAGGAGCACCAUCGAGAGCAUACUAUUAUAGUGGACGACGAUGACAGCAAGGUGUGGUCCUUAUAUGACGCAGGCCCAAAGAGCAUCAGGUGUCCCAUCAUAUUCCUUCCCCCUGUGAGUGGGACAGCAGAGGUGUUCUUCCAGCAGGUCUUAGCCCUGACAGGCUGGGGCUACAGAGUCAUCUCACUGCAGUAUCCUGUUUAUUGGGAUCUCUUGGAGUUCUGUGAUGGAUUUCGGAAGCUUCUCGAUCACUUGCAUUUGGACAAGGUCCAUCUAUUUGGUGCUUCUCUGGGCGGCUUCCUGGCCCAGAAGUUUGCCGAGCACACACACAAGUCUCCCAGAGUCCACUCUCUGAUCCUGUGCAACUCCUUCAGUGACACCACCAUCUUCAACCAGACAUUGACAGCCAACAGUUUUUGGUUGAUGCCCGCCUUCAUGUUGAAGAAGAUUGUCCUGGGGAACUUUGCUAAAGGACCUGUCGACCCCAAGAUGGCCGACGCAAUCGACUUUAUGGUCGACAGACUGGAGAGCCUGAACCAGGGUGAGCUAGCCUCUAGACUAACACUCAACUGUCAGAACUCCUACGUGGAGCCUCACAAGAUAAAGGACCUGGCCGUCACCAUUAUGGAUGUGUUCGACCAGAGUGCCCUGUCACACGAGGCGAAAGAGGAAAUGUAUAAGCUGUAUCCAAAUGCCAGACGGGCUCACCUCAAAACGGGUGGAAACUUCCCCUACCUGUGUAGGAGUGCUGAGGUCAACCUAUACAUACAGGUCCAAUGGCUGUUUCCUCCUUCCUCACUCUGCUGUCGUCUGCCUCCGUCUCAACACCACUUUAUUUCAAUAUACAGUUUUCUAGAAAUCUUUUUAUUCAUUUUUUUGGCACUUAAUUUCUGUGAUGUCAGGCCUGGGCUCGGGCUUCAGCUCACCGGGCUUUGGUCAGACCGGGAUCCAAUUUUAGUUCUGAUGAGAACUCUAAACUGCAUUCGGGUCUCAUGUGCAGUCCGUCGGUGUCAAUUAUGCUCAAGGUUUCCAUGUGAAAACCUGUUUGGAUAAUGUGCUAUUUUAUUUUUUGCCAAUAUUUGCUGCUGCGCAUGUUGUGUAUUUUGGGGAAUUGCUUUAGUGUGACAUUGUUGUAAUUUCUCAGGUCUUGUCAUUUUAUUUUCUCGGGAAAUGUGAGGUGUUGAUCCCGGCUACCGGUGUUUAUUUUUAAAAUUGUAUUUAACUUGGCAGGUCAUUAAAGUCAGGACAGAAAGAGUGGUAACCCCACACUGUUGAAUGUUGUAACAAUUCUCAGACUCGUACAUGUAGUAGUGUAGCCUCGUUAAUGUAUUAAACAUGUGAGUUUGUGAUGAAUCCAGCAGUGCAGGCUCCUGCACAUUUCUUAUUGCCGUUUCAUUGUGUUACUACUACUACUAUACUACUAUGGUGCAUCACUAUGUACCAUUUGGUACCAGAUAGUUACCAAUUGUGCUGACUUUGAUGUAAGUCAAGUAUCCAUUAUUGGUACAUAGUUACUACUGUAGUUAGUUAAUACCAAUGUACAUACCAAGUACUAGCUGGAAAUCAGGCUGUAAAAUAAAGAUUUUUGUCUGUAUCUACAACCACCAGAUACACCACAAUCUUGAAUAGCACCACUAAACAUAGUCAAACACUUGAUACCACAGCUUCCUCUGCAGGCUAACCCAACCAGCUGCAUCUGCUACAAAAUAGGUUUUGAUCACUAACAUCCCUUGUUAAUCCCUAGUGUCAAGUGUUUGACUAUGUUUUAAGUGGUGCUUUUCAAGAUUGUCUCUCUGAUGUUUGGAGAUGCAGCCAAAAAUAUUUUAUUUCCAGCUAGUACUUGGUAUGUACAUUGGUAUUAACUAACUACGAGGCUACACUACUAGGUGUACGAGUCUGAGAAUUGUUAGAACAUUCAACAGUGUGGGGUUACCACUCUUUCUGUCCUGACUUUACUUAUUGUACCUGCAACUUAGCCUUGUACCAACAUCCUGAUCUCAAGCUUACAUUCUGUAAGGAUGGUCAUGUGAGGCUUCCUGCAUGUAACUUCAUAUAGACUAUUUCUGAACAUGUUCCCUCUGUCUCGACCCCUCUCCUCAGAUUCACCUGCGGCAGUUCCACGGGACGCGGUACGCCGCCAUCAACUCGGACAUGGUGAGCGCCGAGGAGCUGGAGGUGCAGAAGAGCCACCUGGUGAAUAGCGCCAACGACCAAUGAUGAGACUGUUACCUAGCACCUUCUCCUCUCUCCCAGCUCUGACCCAGCUCUGACCGACAGGCCAGAACCGGAUUGGCUGAUUCUGUGGGGCAGAACUAUGGGAACUACAUUUCCCUGACCAGCAAAACAGCCAAGAAAAUGUCAACCAUAGAAAUUAGAAUGACUCAAUUCUAUUUCUGUAUUUCUAUGAUCAACCAUCAUCACCCAGUCACCACGACUGGUCACACGGAUCCACUUGGUAAAAAGGUCAUCUCUUCACCUGAUCUUCUUCCUGUUUUUUCUACGAUAUUGAAUACAAUCAAUCCACAAGUUGAACUGAUACUAUUUUUACUUUACAGUUAAAAAUAUAUAUUUUAAUUAUCACUGUUACUGUAAAUAGAGCGUAAUUGGCUACGUUGCUUUGAGAGAAGAAACGCCAUACGAUGCCAUGUUAUGAACCUUUUGCCUUAUGUGAUAUAAAUCUCAUGCAUUUAAUUGAUGUUGCACUUUUGAAUUCCAUGUUUUCCUUCUAUGUUUAUGGUUAACUCUGCCAACCGUGGCGAUACUUGGUAAGCUAGAAAACCUGCACUGAUUAGAUAUACUGCUGAGGAUGUUAGUCGGAAUAAAUUAUGUAUAAUGUUAAAUUUAAUUUCUAAUUGAAUAAAGCCUUCUUGAAAACAUG